AUGUUCCUCCAAGAUGAGCUCGAGAGCAUGAAGGCUGCCCUUGAGGAUAUCUCCAAGACUCCACCUGACCAACUUCCAAGUGGGGAUAAGGUUUGGACAAGGAAUGUGAGAGAGUUGUCCUACGACAUAGAGGACAACAUCGACACAUUCAUGGUGCAAGUCAAGGGCCAUCAUUUGGCCAAAAAGCAUGGCUUCAAGAAGUUCAUCGACAAAACCCUUGGUUCCUUGAUGCAGCCCAAGAUUCGCCGCAAGAUUGCUAUUGACAUAAGUGAUAUCAAGAUUCGUGUUGUAGAGGUGCACGACCGGCGCCGCCGGUACAAGAUCAACCACAGUGUUGAUAAGCCUGUCAAAGUUGAUCCCCUUGCAUUGGUUGCAAUGGUUCGAUAUAAGAAUCCGAUGGAGCUAGUUGGCAUUGAGGAGUCAAGGGAUGAGGUAAUCAAGGUUCUGAUGGAAGGCAAUGAAGCGUCCAAGGAACAAAAGAAGAUAGUUUCCAUUGUGGGAUUUGGUGGUUUAGGAAAGACAACUCUUGCUAAUGCUGUGUAUGAAGAGCUUAGGACAGGCUUUGAUUGCUCAGCUUUUGUAUCGGUGUCUCAAACUCCUGAUAUGAAUACACUAUUCAAGAACAUGUUUUAUCAAUUCGCGGAGAAGAAAACUGAUAGUAUUGAUAUCAUCGGCGAACUAAGAAAAUUCCUUCAGGAUAAGAGGUACUUAGUUAUUAUUGAUGACAUAUGGAAAAUCACAGACUGGGAAAUGAUCAGAUGUGCUCUGCCCGAUGACAGUGUUGAAUAUAGGAUCAUCACAACUACUCGUAUUUUCGCAAUUGCUAAAGAAAUUGGUGGUCCUUACAAGAUGAAGCCCCUUUCUCUGGAGAACUCUAGGAUAUUAAUCACGAUCGCGAGUUUGCUGGCUAGUAAAGAAACAAACAAAUUGGAGUGGUAUGAUGUGUGCAAAUCUAUUGGUGAUGGACUAGAGAAGAAUAAUAAUGUAAAGAAUAUGAGAAAGAACAAUAUGGAUCAAUCAUCUGAAUCAAAAAGGGUUCGAAGGCUAUCCCUUCAAAAUUGCAAGGCUAGUCAUGGUAAACCUGAGGCUACAUUGAGCAAAGAGCGUCAUGUGAGGUCAGUUAUUGUCUUUGGAUCCGCUAUUAACUACAUACCAACAGUACUUGAGAACUUCAACAUUUUGCGUGUACUGGAUUUAGAAGGAUGUGAUCUUUCACAAAGCAACAGCCUUAAGUAUCUUGGUAAUUUACUUCAUUUGAGGUUGUGGAGAUUCGGAGAGCCUGUGGUGUUUCAGCAUGGAGCCAUGCCAAGGCUCGUGGAUCUUGUGUUUGACUUCCAAGUGCAGUGGAUGAGAGAAAUCAACGGCAGUUUCGACUUGGGCCCGGGCAACCUGCCGUCGCUGCAGCGCGUCAAAGAUGUGCCGAGCACCGAGGAGGUGGAGGAAGCAAAGCCUGUGAUCAGGAUCAGGGAUGAAUCAUGCACUGAUGAAGAUGAAGGAAUUGGAAGUCUGAUGGACUAG